AUGUCAGAAAAGGAAGAACGAGACAACGAAAGUGAUGUUUCAACUCCAACACUCGCAGCGGCUGAAGCAGCAGAAUCCGAUUCAAAGACGACUUCUGAAAGCCCAAAACUGCCUUCGUCGCCAGUCGUGAAACAGAAGUCGAAUUCUAAAGUGGACAUACUUCUGAAGCCAGCAGGGGAUGCACCAAUCAUGAAAAAGAAGAAGUGGACUGUGGAGAGAUCCAGAAAGAUUGCAGGAGUUGCUGAAUUCAUUAAAAAAUUCAUCAAGAUGGAACCAUCAGAAUCUUUGUUCCUUUAUGUAAACCAGUCGUUUGCUCCAAGUCCAGACACUGAAAUAGGCUCUAUAUUUGAUUGUUUUGGCAGUGAUGGAAAGCUGGUACUUCAUUAUUGUCGGACACAAGCCUGGGGAUAA